GAUUGUACGACCCCCUAUUCCUAGACAGAGUGAUUGAACAACUGAAUGCCAUCGUCCUUUGCUGCUUUUGCGACCUUUGCGGCGACGCGCCGAUCUGCUUGUGCACUGGCAAUCCUUUCCUUGUUUGGCGGUCGCAUAUUGAGCACCAUGGCCUUUCCCGGCAUAUCAGCGAAGCAACUGCGAGUAGAGCGGGCGAUUCGUCUCAUGCAAUCCGUCUAUGGGAACUUUCAAUCAACAAAUUUCCCUUUGCCCCUGCCCGAGGAAGAAGCGGGUCCCUGUGACAAUGGACAGCGACGCUAUCUUUGGACAGACGCCUUUGCCGUGUUAAAUCUGGUAUCACUCGCAGAAGCCUGCCCUUCAGAGACGACAAAAUUCCUUGGCUUGGCCAAUCAGUUGGUGGACACCGUGCAUGACAGUCUUGGAAAGCCUCGUUCGGCCUUGUCCCAACAUGCAAUGCAACCAGACGCGAGUUCACCCUCUGGUUACGUGGGACUACGCAUUGGCAAGGUGCACAGUAGGGUCGUGACCGAUGCGGGCAUGAGCUAUGAUGGUCAGUAUUGGCAUUACAUUGACAAGUGGUUACUGGCUCUGAUACGCCUGGGACGUCCGCAAGAGGCGGCACGCGUUGCCAAGUGCGUUUUUGGGCAUUUUUAUGAUGCCACUGGUGGCGGCAUGCGCUGGAAGCUCUCCGUGGACGCCACUGCGCCUGGCCCACUCCAGUAUCAACCGCCCGGUGAUGAUACAUUGACGGCACUCAUUGUCUUUUCUCUCAUUGAACACCAUCUGCGGCAAGAGCAGUGUGCAAAGUAUUCACUGCAGAACGAGAUCGACAAGCUACGCCAGUCUUUGGUUGGCUACAAGGGCCGAGUCACCUCCGAUCCGCUUGGAUGGGGCCUGGCAGCGAUGUAUGAUCAGUGGCUGGAACGGAAGCGUACAACAGAGCUCCAACUCUACGCAAAGGACGCGCUCAGCACCUUCCACAUGUCCUUGCCCUUUCGCUUGUAUGGGGCCUUGUUGGGUGCGAAGCUAUGUCCAAAGGCAGUGGAUGAAAUUGCACAGGAGCUAGGCCCGCUCGUGGAAAUGGCGGUCCGCUAUGAAGAGUCUCACAUUUUCCAAGGUACACAUGAAGAACAUUCCAGCAUUAACCGAGUCAUGUUGGCAACGGUUUUGCUGACCCCAGGAGCGUUGGGACGAAUGUCUGGAGAACCGUCGCUGUCCUUGCGAUAA